AUGGUAAAUGCUACUAGAGUGCCAUAUUACUAUAAUACUGUAUACCAUAGUACGACAACUUAUACAUAUCCUUCUAAAAGACCUCCUGUCUCUAUAAUAAAACAAAUACGGAACACAAACUAUAUCACAACUGAAAAAACAAAAGCAGAAUAUCAUGAGGAAGGGAUUGGAAACGAUACAAGAGAAAAAAGUGAAAAAUUUAUGAUGCAAGUUGAAGAUUUCAGUGAUUAUUUCUAUGGAAAUACAAGUCAUGAUAUAUUUAGUACUCACAAUGGUACAUUAGAUAUACUGAACGAUGUUUAUGAGUACACAAAUUGCACUUUUAACGGGACGUUAAAUAUUUCGUGCUUUGCUCAUGUGGACAAUACGCCGCAGUAUAAUUUCUGGGCAUUGUUAUUGUUGAUAUUUCCAUUUUUCACGCUGUUUGGUAAUGUGUUAGUGAUUUUGAGUGUUGUAAGAGAGCGGACUCUGCAGACGGUGACUAAUUACUUUAUCGUGAGCCUUGCUGUAGCUGAUUUGCUGGUAGCAGUCGUGGUGAUGCCAUUUGGAGUUUAUUACUUGGUAAGUAGUAGAAAUUAUAAACAAUUUAGAUUAAUACAUUAA